AUGUCUUUCCAAGACCGUGCUCAGCAUCAGAUCUCCCAGCUCGACAAAGAGCUUUCCAAGUACCCUGUCCUCAACAACUUGGAGCGCCAGACCUCCGUUCCCAAGGUCUACGUUAUCCUGGGUCUUGCAGCCGUCUAUUUCUUCCUUGUCUUUUUUAAUAUUGCUGGCGAGUUCCUCGUCAAUAUUGCUGGUUUCGCCAUCCCAGGAUACUAUUCCCUGGAAGCUCUCUUCACCUCCGGCAAGUCCGAUGACACUCAGUGGUUGACGUACUGGGUCGUCUAUGCUUUCCUCACAGUGUUUGAGAGCGCCGUGAAUGCGGUCUACUGGUUCCCCUUCUACUACACUUUCAAGUUCGUUCUUGUUCUGUGGAUGGCUCUUCCCCAGACUGGUGGCGCCCAAAUUGUCUUCCGCUCCUUCAUCCAGCCUGUCUUCUCCCGCUACUUCUCUAGCAGCAGCUCCACCUCUGCCAACCUCCGCACCACUGCGGACCAGGCCACUGCUAAGCCCCAUGCGUUGUAA